ACCAGACUCGCUCUCUGUGGACUAGAUCGCAAAAAACGACACGUUCUUCUAUCUCGACGGUGUCCAGACUACGGCCCCUUAAUAUCAUUUCUCAGAAGUGGUGCAGCCUAUCCUUUCAUGGCUUUUGAAUACCAUUCUAGACUUUUCGCCAGAGCUAAAGACUCAUAUUUGGAAGCAAAACUAUUUGUGUACUUACCGAUAAAGCAUAUUUUAUACAACUUUUAUUGCAGAACUCGCUAAUGAAAUGUAUUUUGCAGAAAUUGUACUGUAAUACUUUCUAAUUAAUGUUCUAAUUAAAAUCAUUUUGUAAAUCCCUUUAAACAAUUUUCAUGGCUAGCAUUAAGUUUUUGCGAAACUUUCAGUGCACACCAAUACGAAAGUUCAACUGGAAAUAUCCAUAUCCUAAAGAACUUCAGCCAUCUCCUCCUCCAAAAGAAGCCAUCAAUCCUGAUAAUAUUGUAACACCAGAAGAACCUCUAAGUGCAAAUGAUGUAUUCAAUGGUGAAUAUAUCAAUCGAAAUCCUCGUAAUCUGGAACAGAUGCUUUUGGAAAUUAAGCCUAAUGGAUACAUCAUUGAUGCUCCUGAUGUUGUUUACUGGAAUAAAUUAUUUUUUAAGAAAACAUCAAACCACACUUCUGCAAAAGUUCUGCAUCAUAGUGGACGUACUAUAGUCUCUGCUUCUACACAAGAAUGGUGCCUCCGAAAAUAUCUCAAAAGUGCUAUUGACAGUAAUGCUGUUAUUAAUGUCGCACGUGUCUUAGCCCAACGAUGUCUUCAAAGUGGAAUAUUGUUUGUACAUCAAGAAUUCUCUUCUCAAGAACUGAAAACACCAAAAAUUCAACUUUUCUUAAAAACCUUAGAAGAAGAAGGAUUGCAGACGAAGGAACUUAGUGCCAUUAGGCCCAAAGAUGAACGCUACAUGUGACCAGAUAGUUUUAUUUAUCACCUUGUGAAUAAAAUUUAGAUUUUCCAUUUCCAAUAAAUAAUUUAGAUUUUCCAUUUAAAAUAAAACAUAAGUUUAUA